CUUAAAUAACUAUUACAUUCUGCUAAAGUAACACAGGAAAUAGACAUAAAGGAUAAUAUAUGACUUAGCAGAGCCAAUGAGUCACUGAAGUCAAACCGCUGGAGGUCAGUAAAAACAGGAAUUUCAUCUGGUGUCAAGUUGCACUUUAAAGUAAGCAAGAAGUGCGCUGAGUCAUGUCAGUUUGACUGUGUCGUCAUACAAACACGAAAUUAUGAGGGACUGUUUGUUUUUGCUUUGCUCAUGUGUUCUCUAAAUUUAGUUGUGAUUGCUCAAUUACAUGUUUCCACAUCCUCAGGUUUGUUUGGGGGGAUUUUAAAAAUAUACAUUCCACAAUUACACAUAGAGAGUCUUCAAAAAGCUGCUUUAUAUAGUCAAGAUCUUUUAAUUCAAUGUGUUUGAGUUAAAUUAAAAUGGGAAUUUUCCAUCAUUUAUCCAUCAGAAUUAAUGGGUUAAUUACUUCUGGCAGUGUUGAAGAUUCACUGAAACAGCCUUCAGACUUGUAUUUUGGAGAUAAAAUGUACAGAAAAUAUAAUAAAUCAGUUAAAUAGAUAAACAUAAGCCUGAUUUGAAAACAUUUACUGACUUUAUGAGGGUGUGGGGUAAUUUAAACAUCUUAUUCAUGACCCUGUGAUUCAGUGUGUGCAUGUAGUCCAGUGUAACACACAUACACACGGAGAGAGUUAAACAACACAAAGGCGGUCUGAACUCCACCCAUGCCGCGUCACUGUCGACCUUUCUUAACAGGUGUCACAUCCAGUUUCUUUCCAUGUUCUCAGCGGAGGGAAGGUGAUUCCCGCAGUCUUAUUCUUCCCGGAUCCGGAGUGUGUGUCCGGGCUGCUGUGGAAAGUUCCUAAAGUUUGCUGUCAGGGAGGUUGGAGAGGGAGGUGCGAGCUCCGUGAGUGUUAAAGCGGCGCUGCUGCACUGACUCGCGGCUCCUGCAGCAGUUUGUGUGCGGCUCGGAGCUCCAGGAUGUCGGCCGUGAAGGCGCUGCAGCAGUGGUGCCGGGUCCGGUGUGAGGGCUACCGGGAUGUGUCCAUCACCAACAUGACCACGUCCUUCAGGGACGGCAUGGCUUUCUGCGCCCUCAUCCACAAACACAGACCCGAUCUCAUAAAUUUUGAUUCCCUGAAUAAGGAAAAUGUCUAUGAGAACAACAAACUGGCGUUCAAGGUUGCAGAAGAGCAGUUGGGAAUUCCUGCUCUGUUGGAUGCGGAAGACAUGGUGGCUCUCAAGAUUCCUGACCGCCUCAGUAUCCUGACAUACGUCUCUCAGUACUACAACUACUUCCACGGACGCUCCCCGAUCGGCGGUAUGGGAGGUAUAAAGCGGCCUGCCGACGGCCCCACAGAUGAACCGGCUGGGAAGAAGAACGAGCCGGUGUCCGCUAAGGUGUUCCCCUCGUCGAGGCCUGCUAGAGAGAACAGCCCUCCUCGCUUCUCUAACAUCACAAAACCCUCCCACUCCCCAAAACAAAGCAGAAUUGCCACGCAGGACGUGCUGGUUGAGAAAUCCAAUCAGACAGGCACUCUGAGUAAUAAGUGUGUGUCCUGUAACAAGCACGUUCACUUGGUGCAGCGACAUCUGGUGGACGGGAAGCUCUAUCACAGGAACUGUGCAAAGUUAUUGUCACCUGCAAACACAAGUGCACCUCUCCGAGAUUUACCCAAAAACACUCCUCAACCAGACUUCACCAAAACCAACACUACCGCUCCCACCACUACACCCUCCAGACCUGCAUGGAUGACGGAGAAACCCAGCACUCCUCCCACCUUCUCCAGCACUUUUUCCACCUCGUCUGCUUCCCGGCCUGCUUCAAGUAUCCUCUCACCUGCUAAAGAGAGUCCGACGGCUUCGGUCUCCAAACCCACAGCGCCACGGACGACCUGCAACGACACCGUCACUACAACCGCCUCUAUCAACACCAGGCCCACCCCUGCGCCUCGAACCUCAACCACGGCGGCGAAGACACUGCAGUCCAAGCUCAAAUUCUUCCAAUCAGACAACACAUCUAACAAUGAAGAAAGCAAGACUGCGACCAAGAACGUGGAAAUAAACAGAGGUUUAAAUGUGACUAGUAAGACCCAGGAAGCCACAGCAGGUCAAGCUGUGACUGUGGUUGUAAAUGUUCCUGGUGUUGCCAGAAAGGAAAUGAAUGUGACUUUGGAUAAAGGUGAAAGAGCCAAAGCAGCUGUUGUGGGCGUAAAGGUGGAUUUGAAACAGGAAGACAGCGAGAGUAGUAAGAAGAAAGCAGCAGCGGCAGCCAUCAUCUCUAAGAAAGUGACCGAGGAGAACAACAACAGUAAACCAGCGUGGACGACUGUAGCGCUGAAGAAAACCGACAAACCUUCUCAAGUCGAGACCCCUAAGAGGGAGACAGAAGGUGUCAGAGGGAGGGUGAAGCUGAAAGUGGACCGGUCGAUCCUCGAUGACCUGCAGCCUGCGCCAGACACCCCGAACAGGAGCGGACUCAGAGCCAGAUCUCCAGACAGAGGAGGCUCAAAGCCCAGCACCCUGUCACCCAACACAUCAGCAUCAGAAAACGAGUCUCCUGGUGACUGGAGGUCCAAACUCAAACCUAUUGGCAAAGAAACAAAACCUACUGGUUCUUCACAGUCCUCUGCUAAACCAUGGGCUAACGGAGCUGGAAAGUCUCAGACUUCAGAGCUUCCUGUCGGGCCUUCUUCCUCCUCCUCUCAUCUUCCCAGCUUUAGCAUCACCGUCACUCCACCUGCAUCGAAGGUCUUACUGAACGGUCAGACGGAGGCGGCCGCUAACGGCAGCAAGUCAGAGUCAAAGGUCUCCAAGAAGCAAGACUACAUUCCCAAAGAAGACAUCAUAAAGGAGCUUCAGGAGAUUGAGGAUAAUUUGAAUGAGUUGGAGAAGAGAGGAGUCGAGCUGGAGAUGAAGCUCCGCAGCAGCGAAGAAGACGGUGAAGAUGACUCUCUCAUGGAUGAGCUCAUGGUUGAGUGGUUCAACUUGAUCAGGAACAAGCAGGUGGCCAUGCGCCGGGAGUCUGAACUGGUCUACAUAGGAAAAACCCAGGACCUGGAGGAGCAGCAGCCCAGUGUCGAGCAGGAGCUCAGGAGACUGAUGGACAAACCAGAACAUUUGAAAACAUCCUGGGACCGGAAGAGAGAGGAGCAGUUGAUGGCCAAGCUGAUGGAGAUCGUCAAUGACAGAAACGCUAUCGUAGAGGGUCUGGAUGAGGACAGACUCAGGGAGGAAGAGGAGGACGAGCAGCUAAACAAGAUGAUGAUGAAUUUCAACUUGAAGAAAGACAAGCCGAAGAAAAAGUCUCCGAUGUCCAAACUGUUCGGCGGCUGGGGGAACAAGAAGGAGGGAUGAUGCUCAUCAGAAAACACAGUGCUGAUCGCUUUCUUUGAUGUUUUUUUUUUUUUUUUUUUUUUUUUUUAACAGCUCUCGUUGUCGUCUUUAAUGUCAGUGAUUCAUGGGAUGUCAUGGAUAGUGUGUGUGUGUGUGUGUGUGUAUGUUUGUGUGUGAUAGAGUCAUUCUCAGCGCUUUUAGAAAAAUGCCCUUCCCUCUGUCGACUGCAUCACUCAAGAUCUGACGUGACUCCUGCCUGCCGGUGCCACACACACACACACACACACACAAACACACACACACACACACACACACACACACACACACACACGGAGAUGACGUUGAGGGGUUAAUGACACACCAGCGCUGAUGUGAUUGGGUUCAGUGCUCCAGUUGUAAAUUUUAAUCCUCUUCUAGUCUUAAUCUGUCUACUUAAUACUCACACAGACACACACUCUCGCUUUCUCCCAAUAACUCUUCCUCGUGCUUCUUAUUGAAAUGUUGGUUGUAAACAGUAACAUUGAUGCUAAUAUGAGUUACAGUACAAGACCUGCUACAGAGGUCAAACAGCUGGUUCCUGCUCUCUGGUCCUCCUUUUGGUUCGGACUACAAGUCAUUAGUGACCCUGUUUCUGACCUUGUUGUUGUUGUUUUUGUACGUGUUGAACUGCACUUUUUCUUUUAAUCUCAAAUGUCUCUCUUUGUGUACUUUUUCUGGCUGGGGCAAAUACGCCUCUCAGACUAUUCUGUUGAAGUUCGCCGUUUAAAAAAACAAAAAUAAUGGUUCCCAACCCGGCGGGUUAAACUCAGGACCCUUCAAAAGGUUGUGAGAUAUUUAACUGGAUAGGAAAACAGAAAAAAUGUAUUUCUGUAACACAAAACUAUGUUAAUUUCCUCGUUUCCUGUUAGUUAUAUAUAAUUUUACCUCUUCAGACCUCUAAAAAGUAUUAAAAUCAAAUAAUACACAAAGGAAUUAUCACUUUUUCAGUUUUGUUUGAAAGGAUCCACACUGACAUGUGGACACAGAACCUGCAGAGAAUCAAAAGCCACUUACUAAUAAUUCAGAGCUUUCACCUACUUCAUGUGGUCUUCAUUCAGAGACAAUGAUCCUUAAAGGAUGGAAGGAAAUCGAUUGAAUCUUUAAUAAGUGGACAUUUGAGUUUAGAUUUUCUUUACAAUAUAUAUAUAUAUACACAGAUAUAAUUCUCAACCGAGUACAUUCAUAAUGAGUUAAUUCAUGUCUGGUGCUCACAGGAUAUCACGCUUUGGCCCUUUUUAUUUUCAGCUGUUUUAUUUUCUUGUCUAAUCAUGUUGUACUUGAGUGUGUUGCAGUAGUUUGUGUUUUUACGGUUGACUAGAGGAAAGGUUAAAUCUGGUUUGUAUGGUGAGAUUCACAAGUGUUUUAAGUGAAAGCUGUGAGUCUCGGGAAUGCAAAAAGCGAUCCAUAUUGGAUCUGGAUUUGUACAUGUUUCUAAUAUUUCUUAGCUGAAUUAAUUGUUUAGGAUUUGUGUCAUAAUGAGAUAUUAUUUGUGUCAUUAAGUCAUUUUUCUGCAGAGGCACUGAAGCAACUUUUUGUGUGUGUGUUUUUACCGAGCUGAUCGAUUUCAACACACCUGCUUGGUAAUACACAUAAUUUAACAUUGUAUAUACUGUAUGUUAAUGUUCCUUUUAUUUCCCCAUUUCUCAGCUGUGUUUAUUGUGUAAAGUUGGAUCUUACGAGGAUUUGAUCAUUAAAUGGAGAAACUGGUCUGGAUUUUUAAUAAAGAACUGUAAUAUCUUUACUCUCAUUUUAAUAAAAGAUAUUGUUAAUCCAA